AUGUCGCAAGUUGUGCGUGAUAUCAGCGAAAGAUUCGAGAUAGUUUUGGCGUCGUCUUCGCCACGGCGCCAUGAAAUAGUCUCACAAGUGAUGGGCUUCUCUAACGUUCGAUUGAUGAAGCCCAGUUUUGAAGAGAAUCUUGAUAAAGCAUUGUAUGUGGACAACCCGGUGGGCUAUGUCCAUGAUACUAGCAGGGAAAAGGGAUUAGGGAUUGUCAAGGACUUGAUCAAAGAGCACAAUGAGCUGGUUUCCAACCAGAAACCUAAAAUCGUUAUUUGUGCAGACACGAUUGUGAUCGAUGGUGACAACAAGAUCUACGAAAAGCCGCAGGAGUCGGAAAAACAAUUGGACAACCUACUCGGUUUCCGAGAUAGUGACUCGCCUUUGCGAGUAACCACAAGUGUGAGUUUGAUCAAGUGGCAGGGUCCGGAUGAUUACAAGUUCUCGCAAUUCGAAGAGACAUCCGAGCUUUACUUCGAUCCGGAAUUUCCGCUGGCAAUUGUGAACGAUUACGUGGACUCCAAAGACGCAUUGGAUGUGGCUGGCGGAUUCAAAGUGCAAAGCUUUGGUGGAGCGAUGAUCAGCAAGAUAAACGGCGAUUUUUUCAACGUUGUGGGUUUGCCUUUGAACAAGACUUUCAAACAGAUUUAUGAUAUGGCGUUUCCUCUGGAGCAGUGA